UACUGGUCGGGUUAGAAGGAAGUAGACAUAUCAUGUCGAACGCCGUUGCGAACGGGCUGGCGGGAGCGGGAGGUGGUAUCAUUGCUCAGAUCAUCACUUAUCCCCUGCAAACGGUGAAUACGCGUCAACAAACCGAGAGAGUGUCCAAGAAAGGGUCACGUAAUUCCGAUGGGAGUUCGCUCACUUCCAAAAGCCAUGCAGCUGCUCCUGCCACUGGCACUCUUCUUCAAAUUCUCCAGGUCAUAAGAACCGAAGGUUGGGGAGGACUUUAUAGUGGCCUUAAGCCGUCUCUGCUUGGAACUGCUGCUUCACAGGGAAUUUAUUACUAUUUUUAUCAGGUUUUCAAAAACAGGGCGGAGGCCUUUGCAGCUGCCCUUAGAGACAAAGGGCGUGGGGAUGGUACUGUUGGCAUGUUCUCUUGGCUUGUUGUAGCAGCUAUUGCUGGCUCCUUGAACGUGUUGUUCACAAAUCCUGUUUGGGUUCUUGUGACUCGUAUGCAGACACACACUCAAGCUGAAAGAAAGAUUAUGGAGGAAAGGAGGGAGGCUUUGUUGAGGGAAGCUUCUGAAAGAAGUUUGAUAGAUUCAACUUUGCAAGAGAAAUUGGCUGAACUUGAUUCAGAAAAACCUCGUCCUCAUGGAACUUUGCAUGCG